UGAUGGCUUUCUUCUUGACACUUGCCCAGGUCUUUUAGCCCUAGAUUUAGAAGAGAAGACUAGCAUAUGCAAAACAUAAGCAUGUAAUAGCAAGAAUUUUAAGGCACAUGCACUCGGAAGCCGCUCUAGGAAGGCCCCUUAAAGAAGAUGGUCAGCCUGACACAGACGUUAUAAAGAAAUUAUUUAAGAGAAUCGAUGAGGAUAACAACACAUUUUUAUCAAUUCGCGAGUUAACAGCACUGAUCAUUGGAAUCAAAUUUGAUGAGAUAGAUUUAGAUAGGGAUGAUGCUGUGAAAAAGGUAAUGGAUGAGUUUGAUACGUCGAACGAUAAUCACCUCUCUGAAGAAGAUUUUGUGAGAGGAAUCUCAAAAUGGGUUGAGCACGCUAAGCAUUCUGUCCCUCAACCAACUAUUGAUCAAAAUAGAUUAAUUCACGACUUUCAUCAGAUAACUAAGGAAGAACAUGAUAUGCUAAUUGAUAGGAGCGAUGAAGUUGUGGAGAGCAUCAACAAUCCCUAUUGGAUUUAUGCUAAAGCAAUAUCAUUAUUGCUUUUGGGAGCUGUUAUUGCAGCUGCAUUUGCAGAUCCUCUUGUAGAUGCUGUCACCAAUUUCUUUAAUGCUACAAGCAUACCCACUUUCUUCAUCUCAUUUAUUAAGAUGCCAUUGGCUACCAACUCCAGUGAGGCUGUCUCCGCAAUUAUUUUUGCCAACAGGAAGAAGCAAAGAACUACUUCUUUAACGUUCUCUGAUGUUGUGAAAUGUGAGUUGUUGGUUGUCCCUGCAAGGGAAUUAUCAUCUGAGGAAUGUCCAACCUGGCUCUCUAGUUCCCAAUCGGUGGUCACACCUGAAGGAUUAAUACAACUCCCACUUACUGUCGGAGAUGGAAAAAACCAGGUAACUACGAUGAUCGACUUCUUAGUAGUAGACUGUCCGGUUGUCUACAAUGCGAUUCUCGGACGACCUUCCCUCAACGCCCUGCAAGCUGUGGUUUCGACCUACCACUUACUAAUGAAAUUUGUAACCGAGCAGGGCAUCAGAUCAGUGAAGGGAGAUCAACAUGAAGCUAGGCAAUGCUACACGAUAGCGCUAAGGGCUUCACACCAGAUGGUGACCAUUGCAUCUCUCGACCCCCGAGAAGAUUAUGGAGAAAGAGGUUGCCUCAUGGAGGACCUCGCUCUCAUUCUGCUCGAUGACUCUGAUCCGUUCAAAACAGUCCAGAUUGGGUCGCCCCUGAAAUCCCCACUGCGAGAUAAGAUGAUAAGCCUCCUUCGGAUGUAUGCCGAUGUCUUCGCGUGGUCUCACGAAGACAUGCCGGGCAUUAAUCCAAAAAUCAUUGUACAUCGGCUGAACGUUGAUCCAAGCCACCGACCAAUUUGA